AUGUCGUGUCGUCGUGUGGCGCGACAUCAGAUGAUGUGGUAUAAUCAUACAAAUUGGACCAUGACGUGUCGGUCCGAGGUGACAUUUCGCCCUUUUCAACUGCCUCAGGCCGGCUCGAGUUUAUUCUCAAUUUCUGGCUCGAUUUGCCUCCACGUUGGUCUCGACGUUGGUCGCGACGUUGGCCUCGAGGUGUGUUGUCUUCCACCCCAACCAGGCUGGACGCCAAUCAGCAUGAAGACAAAGACAAACGGAAACAGCAUCAGUCUAUCCAUGCACACCAGCAUAGCUAGACGCAGCAGCAUAUGGUUGCCGAGUGUCUACAACAGCAUGAAUGCACACACAAAAACACACACAUGCUUGGUUGUGUGCAGCCGUGGGCCUACAGGCAACAUCACCUCUUCACAACUUUACAGCUUUACAACUUUACAACUUUACAACUUCACAACUUCACUUGCACUGCCCAACAGCCCGUCUCCAAGCGACGUAAGGCCAAGUGCUAUUCUGUACCGUGUCUGCUGGACUGAUCUGUCUUUUCAUGGCCCUCUCUCACAACCUCUCACAACCUCUGCCCAACUCUUCUGA